GCGCGCGCGGCUCUGGCUGGCUCGCGGAGGGGAGGCGGGGUGAAGGGCAGGCGAGGCGAGACCUGUGGCGCUUGCCCGCGCAGCGGCGCGUCAGCCAUAUUGCAGCAGCAGCCGGGGAGGGGCAGCAGCGACGCCCACACGCCCAGGGGACCAAGAGCGCAGCCGGAGCGGACGCCCAGUAACAGCCGCAGCAGCCGCCUUGCCUGGUCGGAGACACACGGACCUGCCACGGCGAGAUCUUGUAGAAGAAAGGAGGAAUACCCUUAGGCUGCUGCAUGAAUAUUUGCUUUUGGACCAACAGGAAUACUUCAAGAACCGAAAAUGCCAAAACCAGUCAAUGUUCGAGUUACCACUAUGGAUGCAGAGCUGGAGUUUGCCAUCCAGCCUAACACAACAGGCAAACAGCUUUUUGACCAGGUGGUCAAGACGAUAGGCUUACGCGAAGUCUGGUACUUUGGUCUUCAGUAUGUGGAUAACAAAGGAUUCCCAACCUGGCUGAAGCUUGACAAAAAGGUCUCUGCUCAAGAGGUCAGGAAAGAGAACCCUCUGCAGUUCAAAUUCCGUGCCAAGUUCUACCCUGAAGAUGUAUCUGAGGAGCUGAUCCAGGACAUCACACAGAAGCUGUUCUUCCUGCAGGUGAAAGAAGGAAUCCUUAGUGAUGAAAUCUAUUGCCCACCUGAAACUGCAGUCCUCCUUGGGUCUUACGCUGUGCAAGCCAAAUAUGGAGACUACAAUAAAGAGCUGCACAAGCCUGGAUACCUCAGUUCUGAACGCCUCAUUCCCCAAAGAGUAAUGGACCAACAUAAACUCUCUAGAGAACAGUGGGAAGAACGGAUCCAGGUCUGGCAUGCUGAACAUGGUGGAAUGCUCAAAGAGAAUGCCAUGCUGGAAUACCUGAAGAUUGCCCAGGAUCUGGAGAUGUAUGGAAUCAACUACUUUGAAAUCAAGAAUAAGAAAGGGACCGAUCUCUGGCUGGGAGUAGAUGCACUUGGGCUGAACAUUUAUGAGAAGGACGACAAAUUAACUCCCAAGAUUGGCUUCCCUUGGAGUGAGAUCAGAAACAUCUCUUUCAAUGACAAGAAGUUUGUCAUAAAACCAAUUGACAAGAAAGCCCCCGACUUUGUGUUUUAUGCUCCUCGUCUAAGAAUUAACAAGAGGAUCCUGCAGCUGUGCAUGGGAAAUCACGAGCUGUACAUGCGCCGUAGGAAACCUGACACCAUUGAGGUCCAACAGAUGAAAGCCCAGGCCCGUGAAGAGAAGCACCAGAAGCAGCUAGAAAGACAACAGCUAGAAAAUGAAAAGAAGAAGAGAGAGACAAUUGAGAAGGAGAAAGAGCAGAUGCUAAGGGAGAAGGAAGAACUAAUGAUGAGACUGCAGGAGUAUGAACUGAAGACACAGAAAGCAGAAAAAGAGCUCUCAGACCAAAUCCAAAAAGCCAGGGAGCUUGAAGAUGAAAGGAAAAGGGCUCAGGAGGAAGCUGAGCGUCUAGAGAAUGAGCGCUUAGCUGCUCUACAAGCCAAGGAAGAACUGGAGAAGCAAGCAGCCGACCAGAUGAAGAGUCAGGAGCAGCUGGCUACAGAGCUUGCCGAAUACACAGCCAGGAUUGCACUGCUGGAAGAGGCAAGGAAACGCAAGGAGAACGAGGUAGAAGAGUGGCAGCACAGGGCUAUAGAAGCCCAAGAAGAUCUCGUAAAAACAAAAGAGGAGCUGCACUUGGUGAUGACUGCUCCACCUCCUCCACCCCCACCUGUGUAUGAGCCAGUGAACUACCAUGUCCACGACAACCUUCAGGACGAAGGAACUGAGUCCUCUGGCUACAGCGCAGAAUUCUCCAGUGAAGGGAUCUUGGACGAUCGUAAUGAAGAAAAGCGUAUCACUGAAGCUGAAAAGAAUGAGCGUGUACAAAAGCAGCUGAAGACGCUGACUGAUGAACUAGCCCAGGCCAGAGAUGAGAACAAGAAGACACAAAACGACCUCAUUCACACAGAGAACAUGCGGCAAGGACGAGACAAGUACAAGACACUCAGGCAGAUCCGACAAGGCAACACCAAGCAAAGAAUUGAUGAGUUUGAAGCUAUGUAAAUGCAUACAGCAAGACUCUGGGAAAGGCAGGUUGUCAAUGCUGACCUUUUCUUUCUGAAGGGUCCCUGAACAGUCAUACCAAAAAAAUUAAUAAUCCCCUAACCCUCACACCUGUCAGAUGCUACCUGAUUUUAGCUUAAUACAACAUCAGUUUUAAGCAUACAAGGAUAGCCACCACAAGGUUUUCAGUCAAGACUUGGUGAAAUUUGGUCCUAUGCUAGUGCCAAAAGGCUUGUCAGAAUUGCUUCUUUUCCAUGUUACUAUUGUGCUGCUUGUUACACUGCUUGUCUGCACCCAUUUCUAUAGUGUGGUAGGUAUGUCCAGAUUGGGGGAUCAACCUACUAGUUUGCUGCACCAGGUUGUUUCUUAAGCAGCACAGACAAUUCAGGGUUGUAAAGAUCUUCAUGGCGUCCAUCUCUCUCUCUCUCCCCCCCCCCUUACACUGUUGACAUUUCUACAGUGGUGACAAGUAGUAAGUCUGAGGAAGCUUAUUAAUUUCACUGUUGUAUUGGAGAAGUUCCCACAGUGAUCAUUCAGAAGCUAUGCAUUACAGGCACACUUGGAUGCUCUUACAUAACAGAUAGGCAGGGAUAUUGUUGGCCUUCAAUGUUAUUGAAGUGUGGUACUCCAGCUUAACCAAUCAGCUGUAGUGUAGUAUUUAUAUAUACCUAUGUUAAAGAUGCAAGUGACAGAUAUAAUUCUAGUUUGAAAAGGGAGGAUAAAAGUUUUUUGCUUUGUAUAUUUUGUUACUACUUUCAGACUUAAUAUGAAAAGAUAAUAAUGUAAAAAAUAGACAAUAAUUUCUAGUCUCUGAAGCCAAGGCAGUGUAGGAAACUAUUUUGAUCUAGAAAACAUUUGUAAAGAUGAUUUUUUUUUUACUUUAAAGCAAAUUGUGAUAACAUGGCUGUGAUUCAGUAUAUACAAUUUCACUGUACCUAUUUUUUUCUAACAAAUUUUCUAAUUUUUUUAAAAUGAUAUAGUUUCAGACUCCAACCAUGAAGGGACUUGGUCAGCUUAUUUUCUCUAUUAAAGAGAAUUUCUAUGGAUUUCUUCUACCACUGUGUCCAUGUUAACUUCCACCCCUGAAACAAUCCCACCUCAGGCUUUGGAAAUCUGCUAGAAUGUCAAGUGAACAAUACAUUGUUAGCUCUGCUCGACACGUAACUCCCUAUGCUGCUUUAUACUCAAAGACGUUUUAACCGUUGUCUCCUGAUAACAGUGUUGUGGGAUUUGUUUGUGUAAUUCACCAACAAAUAAAAAAAAAUCUGCAAGGCA